AUGGACAGUAUAAACGAGAAAACAACUUCUCCUGAGACAAAAAUUCAAAUGAGGAGCUCCGAAGACUGUCAAUCGGGCGUGCCUUUCGAAGGUAGUAGUAACUAUCGAACCCUCAACAACUCAGACGAGGAUAGAAGAAGCAAUUUAACUGGUGGGAGCAGAACUGAUCCGGGCGUUUCCAAUAGUGAUAACAAAAAUGUAAGGUUUAAUACUGAUAUAGAUGGCCCAGAAAACGAUGUUUCUUCAAGGUCUACAGAAACCAGUGAGAAUUCCAAGAGCACAGAUGGGCAGGAUGAAGACGAUAGACCUGCUCGCCACAAGAGGAAGGCUAAGGUAUCCUUCACACAUUUAAAAAACAACGGUGAUGAUGGGGAUGAUGAGACGUUCAUUAAAAAGAUAAUAAAUAAUCUGACCGGAAAUCAAGGGGGUUUGGUUCCCGGAUUGGCACCAAUAUCCUCAGACAAUGAAGAUGGUAAGAAUGAUAUAGAGAAAAAUAAUCGUAAUGAAGAAAUUCCUUUAUCCGACCUGGCCGAUGCGUCUAAAAUCGUAGACGUUCAUGAGGGCGAUAAUAAAGAAAAACUGGAGGCCCUCAAAUUAGAAAAUGAUGGAAAUUACACGUCAGAUGGCGAAACAUUAGGCUCAAGUUCAAAAAAUUCAUUCCUAGCGCCUGCGGUAGAUCAUUUUGAUGACUAUGCGGAAAACAAUUCCUCUGACGAUAAUGAAGGGUUCAUUGAAACUUCAACGUACGUACCCCCUCCAUCUCAAGUGAAGAGUGGGGUAUUAGGGUCAUUACUGAAACUAUAUCAAAAUGACGAUCUAAAUGCUAGCUCCAUCUAUUCUGAUUCGCAAGCUCCAACAACAGACGAAGAAGGUGUCUCUUCUGCUGCUGCCGGAAGGAAAGAUGUACCGGUUGCCAAGCGUAGCAGAUUACAAAACUUAAGAGGCAAGGCUAGAAAGGGCAAAAUACCCAAGCUGAAAAAAAGGUUGAAAACAGAAGCAAAAAUUACAGUUCAUAUUGCAGACAUUUUACAAAGACAUCGAUUCAUCUUACGCAUGUGUAGAGCCCUUAUGAUGUACGGCGCCCCCACUCAUAGGCUUGAAGAAUAUAUGAUUAUGACUUCUAGAGUCCUUGAAAUAGACGGACAGUUUCUGUACCUUCCAGGCUGUAUGAUUGUCUCAUUUGGUGACGCCACAACAAGAACUUCCGAAGUUCAAUUGGUUAGGUGUAACCAAGGUUUAAAUCUUUGGAAACUGCACCAAGUUCAUGCCGUUUAUAAAAGAGUUGUCCACGAUACUUUGGGUGCCGAUGAAGGUAAUGCCUUACUUGACCAAAUUUUGGCAGACACGAACUUAUAUCCACCUUGGGUUUGUGUUCUUUUGUAUGCAUUUUGUUCUGCUAUGGUCACUCCGUAUGCCUUCGGUGGUGAUUGGGUAAAUCUGGCAAUCUCAUUUUUUAUGGGGCUUUGUGUAGGGUCUUUGCAAUUUAUUCUUUCACAAAAAUCCUACAUGUAUUCAAACGUUUUCGAAAUUUCUGCAUCUAUUGUGGUUAGCUUUUGCGGUAGAGCCUUUGGCUCUAUUCCUCGUUCCCAGAUCUGCUUUGGCGCCGUCACGCAAGGCUCAUUAGCAUUGAUUCUACCAGGGUAUAUUAUUCUGUGUGGCGCUUUAGAGUUGCAAAGUCGAAGCCUAGUGGCCGGCGCUGUCCGUAUGUUCUACGCCAUUAUUUAUUCCUUAUUUUUGGGGUUUGGCAUAACACUAGGCUCGGCUUUGUUCGGAUGGAUGUAUCACAAUGCCACUAACGAAAUUUCAUGUCCUCAAUUGAUUUCUCCAUGGUUCAGGUUCCUCUUUGUUCCAGCGUUUACUAUUAGUAUCUCUUUAUUAAACCAGGCACACAUAUCGCAAUUGCCUGUUAUGGUCUUUAUUUCCUGCACCGGUUAUGUUGUAACAUAUUGGGCCGGUAAGCAUUUUGCAAAUUCAACAGAAUUUACCGCUGCCUUAGCUGCAUUCGUCAUAGGUGUUUUAGGUAAUUUAUACUCCAGAAUAUGGAAAGGUUUAGCAGUGUCGGCUAUGCUACCCGCGAUUUUCGUUCAAGUGCCAUCUGGUAUUGCUUCACAAAAUUCGUUGCUAUCUGGGUUGCAAAGUGCGAACACGAUUGUUAACGGUAAUGAAACUACCACGACAAGCACCUCUGAUCCAUCAUCCUCAAUGUCAUUUGGUAUGACAAUGAUUCAAGUUUGUGUCGGUAUUUCUGUGGGAUUAUUUGCCUCUUCACUCUUUGUCUAUCCCUUCGGAAAAAAGAAAACUGGUCUUUUCAGUUUAUAG